GCUGCCCCCGCCGGGCCGUCCGCCCGGGCCGGGCGGGAUGCGGGGCGCUCGCCGGCGGCUCUGCUCCGCCCUGAUCCUCGCGUACGCGCUCUUCUCCCUCUACGCGGCCUACACCGUGUUCCUGCGGCCGCGCCGCUCGGCCGCCCCUCGCCCUCCGCACCGGGACCGCCGCGGCCAGCGAGGUUUUACAGAUCAUGUUGCCUUGGGAAACGAAUGGAAUCCAUGGGAAGAGGACGAGAAAAACGAGCUGGCUGCUUCUCAGCAGAGAUACGAAGCUUAUCUUAAGAUGAUAAAAUAUGCGAGAUCUCACCUAGAACAGACCAGUCUUAGAGUACAGAUUUGGGGAAAAGCAGCAAUUGGUCUUUACCUUUGGCAACAUAUUUUUGGAGGGCACCUUGAGCCAGCUGAUGUGACUGCACAGUGGAGAGAAGGGAGCCAAAAAGCCGGAAAAACAUAUUUCAGCUUCCUCACUGGCCCAUCUGUAGUUCCCGGGUACUUCUCGGUGGAAGCGGAGCAUGUCGUGCUGGUGCUGAACGGGAGGGAACCGGCGAAGGUGGCGUCCGCCACCCAGUGGCUGCACUACGCACAAACGCUGAUUCAGACACACAAAAUCCGGCACGUGGCGGUGGUGCUGCUCGGGAACGAGCAGUGCAACAACGGGUGGAUUCAGCCAUACCUGAAAAGAAACGGAGGAUUUGUAAAUCUGCUCUUUGUUACCUAUGACUGUGCGUUUGUAAAUGAAGAAGAUAUUUUCCAGUGGCCUUUGGGAGUAGCUACCUACAGAAAUUUUCCAGUUGUAGAACCUAACUGGUCAAUGCUACGUGAUCCAAGAUCAUAUCUAUGUAAUUUCUUAGGAACAGUUUAUAAGAACUCUUCUAGAGAAACCUUAAUGGGAAUUCUGAAGCAGGAUGGGCUUGACAAACUUUGCUGGAUUGCACCCAGAGAACAGUGGCAGCCUCAAGAAACAAAUGAAAGUUUCAAAAACUAUCAAGAUGCGUUGCUGCAAAGUGAUUUGACAUUGUGCCCAGUGGGAAUAAAUACAGAAUGUUACAGAAUUUAUGAAGCCUGUUCAUAUGGAUCUCUGCCUGUUAUAGAAGAUGUGAUGACACCGGGUGAUUGCGGAAAUUCAUCAAUGUACCACAGUGCUCCAUUACAAUUAUUAAAAACCAUGGGGGCUCCAUUUAUCUUUAUUAAAAACUGGAAUGAGCUUCCUGCUGUUCUAGAGAAAGAAAAAAAAAUGAGCUUACAAGAAAAGAUUCAAAGGAGAAAAAAGCUUUUAGAAUGGUAUCAAAACUUCAAAGCAUGGAUGAAACAGAAAUUCAUUAUUACUUUGGAAAAUUCAUUUUUGCCCAGUGAUAAAGGAUAAAUUGUCCCUUUUGAAAAUCUAGAAUAGAUUGCCAGCCUAAUUUCCAUUAACUUUCUGAGGCAGCUUUUACAAAAAAGUAAUCUCACAGGGUGGAUUUUAAAGUCAACAGAAUUGCUCUAGCUUGGCUAAGAGCUUCAUUUGUCCCUUCAUCCUUAACGAUUUUCAGAGAGGUUGUUGACUUAGUAGGGUGGUACUCUGCAAGGAUGACAACAAUUUUAUUACAAUUUUCACAAUUUCCAUGUUGCUGUGUGACCUGAUAAAAUUUUUUUAGGAGAAUAUCUUCGAGCAUGUGAACUUCUAAAAAUCCAACUUAAAAACAUCAGUUGUGUUUGAAGAGAAAGAAGAAUGAAAGCUGUGUGGCACAGGGUAAUUUAAUAUGCAGACUGAAGAAGAAAAGUAUUACAGCAAAAUUGCCAGGUUUAGCACAUCCCAGUAAGUGCUUGUUCUGAAAAUGUGAACCGUUUACUUGAUUGACAUUUCAUUUCCAAGAAAGUGGCUAUAAAGCUAAUUAAAGACUGUGAAAUAAAAAUGUAUAUUUCAAGGUAAAAAUAGAGAACUCUUUCUAAGAAAUACUUCAUAGCAAUAUAUUUCCCCUUUAACUUCAGUUAUCAGUAGGGCUUUCUUUCAUUUCUAUUUAGUCAUUUCUACUGUAGGAACACUCAUUACCUGCAGUUACAGCUGUACAUUCUGAACACCUUAAAUAUGAACCGGUUUGUAGCUUACACAGUUUCUCAAGAUCUGCUGAAACGUGUCAGCUCCAAAAGAAGUAUAAUAUUGCACGUUUAUGGAACUACAUGUAGUACCACAAACAGUUUCAAUGCUUUCUUUGUUAAAUGUAGCUGAAGGGAUCUGUCACUGUUCUUGCCCAUCAGGAAUGAGUCUGUGCUGUUACCUGAGUGUUUGGCAGAGCAGUGUGACUGCAUACACACCACUGGCAUAACCAAAGAGCCUGUAAUAGUUUUGCAUCUUAAAGCAGCGUGACAUAUGUGUUCAUUCUCAUUCAGGAAUUCAAAGGCCGGUGCAACUCUACAGCUGAGUAAUACUCAUUUGUGUAAUGAUACUGUCUAAUUCUGAAAUAUGUGUCAUAAGAGCAUUUCUGUGGUUUUCUUCCACCUUUCUUGCAUCCUUUCUGUGUAACACCAAAAAAAAGCACCAAACCGACAAAAAAUUCAAUCAAAACCCAAAACAUAAAAACACUGGGUUUUAGUUUGCUAACAGUGGAUCAUACCCUGGAUGGCUGCUCUAGAUCAGGAAUAAGGUAUGUUUCAGAACACCUGUAUUUUUAGGAGAUGUAUUCCACAUGCUUAGAAGAUGCUCUCAGAAGAUAAAUAAUCUAAAUCCAAAUAAUUUGAAUUGUAUGUCUAACGUGAAUAUCUGGUGACUAUCAUCCACCCAUAUUAUCUGAAACAUCAUGCAUUUGAAAUACAAUGCAAACAUUCCCAAAUUCAGCUGAAACUGCAAGUACAGCCCUCACAGCUCAUCACUGAGUUGAUGUUGAUGAGCACUGCUUGGAGGUGGACCAUGUUAGAACAAAUUUAGCAUAAAUUUCCACACUGAGGAUCUGAAGUAGCCCAUCAGUAGUACACAGCACUUGGAGGGUUAGAGGAAGCUUGAGUCUGUGUAAUAAUCAUAGAAUCAUAAAAUGGUUUGCAUUGGAAGGGACCUUAGAGAUCAUCUAGUUGCAACCCCCUGCCAUAGGCAGGAACACUAGAUGAGGUUGCUCAAAGCCCCAUCCAGCCUGGACUUAAGCAGUUUCAGUGAUGAAGCACCCACACCUCCGGACAACCUGUUCCAGUGCCUCACCACUGCAAUAAUGUAAUAUCGGUGCUGUAUUUUCCUUUUAACAGAAUCUUUAUUUCUACACAAGCUAUAAAACUGCAGAGCAGUGAUCUAGAUAAGUAUUUUUCAGCUUGUUGUCAGCAGAUCCAUUGGCACUCCUCCAGGAUUUCAAGGAACUGCAGAAAAAAACUCCCAAGAGGGAAGUCCUUACCAGUCAGCUGAGAUUCUUAUAAAAAAGGCUGCAGCUCCUCAAAAACAGUGGUAUGCAGGUUGAAGUCUGAAAAAACAGUUCAGUGUGUUACAUAAACAUAAGAAACAUGCUGCUAUUCAUGCAAUCAUUUCUAACUCAAACAGUGAGUUUUUCUUAAGGGAAGAUAAGAUGCACCAAAGUUUUCACAGAAUUUCACAUUGCAGCUGUUUGCCUACUUUGGGAGUUCAAAGGGAAAUGAUUGGCACUUAUCUAUUUGACUUUCAAAUUCACCUUCUUCAGUCCAACAGGAAUUAGCAUGAGAAGAAAGUUUUUUGUGUUGUAUUUCCAAUGCUAAUGGAGCAAAGAGAGCAAAACAUCUUGAAGCCAAGGGAGGGUUCCUAAUACAUUAGGUAGGUUGCUAGUAUUUUGUUUUCUUAUUCCACUGUCCAAUUUGAGGGAGAGAUUGUAGUUCUCCUGGUUUUACUCCCUGAUACUUACUCAUUGGAAAAAUUGUCUACUCUGUGUGCUAGAUCCAGAGAUGAGAAAGACAACAAAACGGACCCUGGGAAAGAAAGGGUGAGACAGAGGGAGGAAAGACACCGAGGAGCGCAAGAAAUCAGAGAGGAUAUCUUAUCAGUGAUAGAGGAAACUGAUUGAAAAGAAGCAGUUAAGCCACUGGCAAAAAAAGAUGGCACAACAUGUCCAUGUAGGAAUAGAUAGUAUCUGCUGUCAGUGAAAAGACGGUAAGUUCAAUUGUUAGUAAUACUAAGAGGAGAAUGUGUGCUCUGUUUUUGCAGUUAGCCCUCUGGUUCAAGGCUGGGAUGCUGAAGCAUAGCUUUUCCAGAGCACAAAACAGUGCCUCAUAACCAUGCAUGCCAUCUCUCGGAGAGGGGCUUCUGCAAGAACUGAGCCUGCCUGGAGUCAAGAAUGCCAUUUGUAGUAUCAAAUGUUACACAGAUUGCUAAUUAUGCAGUGUUUUGCAUCAUGCUUAGAUGUGUAUGUGGAAUAUAUAACUCUACCAGUUUUGUUAUCUGAAGUAUUUCCUGCUGAGAAGAACAGAUCCAGCUUGUCCCAAUUUAGUAUAACUCUCCUACAUUACUUGGAACCCAUUAAGAGUGGCUGUGAACAUGUGGUGUAAACAGUUUAAAAGAUCAUCUUCUAGAGAGCAUAACUGUUUGUAAUACUGUAGAUGAGGAAGGGGCUUGCAAAGGAUCUGGCUGCCAUUUGCUUACGGUUCUUGGAUAUUUAAGUUGUGAUAGUAUAUUUCAAUAGUGAAGUUUUCUGGUGUUUUUGGAUAUCAUCUUUCCAUGACUGAAACUUACACAAGGAGUGAUAAAACUAAGAGUUUUCUAGAAACCUUUCUCACAGCAGUUAUUAAGUGUGAAUUAGGAAUACUGUGUGUGGGAAUUCUCUCUUGGCUUACUGCUCUCACCAAAACACUUGCAAAGCCACAGAAAUAAAAUCCUGUUACUUCUUGACAAACCCUGCAUGUUAGUAAUAAUCAGUAAGAGCUAGGCAAACUCAGGAGCAGCUUCCAUGCUAGUGAGUCCUGAAAUAUUUCCAGGAAUUGUUCUUACUGUGAUUGGAAAGAUCAAGGAUAAUUGAACAAAAUUAUGCUUAUUUUGGACUGUUCAUAAAGACUGACAUUGGGAGAGGAAAAAGUAUUUCAAAUGCAGUUUCAGCUUUGCCUUAAGAAACUGUUGCUUCCAAGAAAAUUGCUACCAUAAGGCAUGUUGGGCCAUUUCCCAGUAGUUAAGGAGUUUAAUGUUUAUGUAGUGCUGUGAGUCCUACACAAAGGAUUUGAAGAGUCAGACAAAAAGAAAAGAGCUGACCUGAUGAAAAUGUGCCUGAAAAGAUGAUAUACAGUCUGCAUUGUAUCCCAGUACUUUGUGUUGCUUGGGUUUUUGCUCUCUGAAUUCACAACGGUAAAUUAAAUAGUUUGUACAAUAAGUCCUUCUGGCAUCACUCCAAAGUGAUGCUAUAAAAACCAUGCUGUGCAGCAAAAGUGACAGUGGUUCUAAACUCUUCUUCUCAUUCCAGCAUCUUAUGCCGUUAGAAAGAAUUACACAGAUUUCUUACUCCUCACCAAUCCAUAAAUCAUGACUGAUAAUCCUCAGAUAAAUAAACAGCUGCAAAAGGUUAUGUUACUGAUUGAUAUUUAAACUCUUUGGAUGGGUCAAAUUUCAGGAUUUCUUCAGUGUCUCCUGAACAAUAAAAACUAGUAAAUGGUUGUCAAUAUAUCUUACGAAUAUAAAUUUUGUUCACAUCAUUACUGUUAAUCUGAGCAUGGAGGACUGCUUUGAGUGUUAAAAUCUUUCAUGUGACUCUAGUUUUAAAGAAUGCAAAAGCUGAAAAGGCCCUAGAGGUAAAAUGUGAGGGUCAAGAGGAAUGCUAAAGAGAAAAAGAUUGAUGCCUACAUACAUUCUAGAUUUAUUUAAUUCAAGGUCUUUAAGAGAAAAUCCAUUUGAGGACUGAAACUACAUAGCAGUAAAAUGGUGAAGUAAAGAGUUUCAAAAUGGGCUAUGUAACGUCAGUCCCCUAGGGUCUGGUGGCUAGUUUGGUUGGUAUUUUAAGUGUCUCUGAUUCAAGGUGCCAUAAAAAGGCUUGGGUCUUAAUCUGGCACAUGUUGAGAAUCAAGACCCUGUUAAGGUUGCUGUAGUAGUGCUCAAAAGUCAGUGCCCGUUGUUGAGAAGCUGGCCACACAGCCAGGUAUUUGUACAGUACCAUCUCUUACUUCCUAAUUGUGUUGAGUGCCUUCCUGCAUUGCUAUUCACAUUCUCUUCUCUGAACACCCUUGGGACCCUGAGUGCAACAACAUGAGUGCUGCUAUAGUAGAAUGUAAGAUAUUUCUGAUCCAUAUUCUCACAACACACGUGUCAAGCAUGCCAUGAAAUAACAUUACUCAUUCUCUUAGCCAGACUUACAGCAGUUUAAUCACACAAGGAUAGGUAAGUAUCCUCAAAUUGCUUCCUGUAUUCAGCACAGUCCCAUUUGACAGUGCAAAAUUUCUAGAUUUCACAUGACACCAUUCACCACUAUAGUCUUCAUUUUUUUCAUCUUCAGGAGUAUAUAAUUUGUAGCUUGGGCUCCAUUUUUAAAACAAACAGAACUCAAGUACUAUACAGUGUUUCCAUUAAACAUGUCCUUUCAGAAGAUAUGAGAUACAAAAUGAAUGCAUCAAGCAGAAAUGACUCAUUCACUAAGAUCCAGAUGAAGACAACCUACUGAAAGACAGCAAGUUGUGCAGGUGGCCACAAAUUAAAAAAAAAUGAAUGACUGAAUGACUGAAAUUAGUCUGGUUCUUUCAGAUGAAGUUAUUCAAACACCAUCACUAUGUCUAACAUAGCCAUAUUUUGAAGUUUGCUAUAUCAAAGGGGUUUUUUUCAGGGCCUAAAAUACAAAGUUUCUCCUGCUGGAGGAUUCAGUUUAUUAAUUUAAUAAUUAAUAAUUUAAUAAUGUUUUAUCAAUGUUUGUCAAUGCAGCCCUUGGUAGUGACUGUGGAGUAUGAUCAUUGCUUUACAGUGAAAACUAAAUAGUCUUACUAAUGCUAAAAUUGAAGACAAUACUCCAUCUGAUGAGUACGCAAGCAGGGAUCUGCACGUUAUGCCAUGUUGUACCAAUUUUCCUUCCUUCCCCUGUCUAAUCAGACUGAUUGAUUCUUCUAGUGUGUCUCUUUUCUUUGCUGACCCUCUUUUCACAUUGUUAUUUUCAGAUUAUAGCAAAUCACUUUCUAAAGUAGUAGGGAUAUAAUCUCCUUGUCCCCAUGGAGAAUUUCCACUGGGUACCCAAUCUCAGUAUAGAUGUAAUUAGGCUUUUGCUGAACUUCUACUAUAGCAAAACUCAUACUGCUUCACAGCAUACUGCCAAAACAUCUCUCUGUAGGCUAUUAUGUCAUUUGAGUGCUUGUUUCUUAAACAUUUAGUCUCUUGUUUAAGAUUUUUGACUGACUGUAUUAAGAGUUCAAUGAAAAGGAUCAUGUAUGUGGGAGAAUAUAGAGGACUAACUUCAAACACGUGUUUGCUUUCCAUUUUACAGCAAGGAAUGUUCCUCAUUCCCUGAAUGAAACUUCACAUGCAACUAUAGAUACCUGAUCAUAGAUGUGAUGGUUUUGGUCUAGACCUUCCUGGUGGCCAGUUUGUAACCAAGGAAGUGGCCACGUACCCAGUAUUCCAUACAAUUUUUACGUAAACCAGAGUAUAAAUAAGUUGGAGAUUAGAGACCUCGCUCUUCUCUUCUGGCGACGUUUGGGAACAGUGGAUUCUUGCGUUGGUCUCGCGUAUCUAAGGCUGAGGCCUGCAGCGUCCACUGUCCUGUCACGUGGAGGUUCAGGGAGUGCUGGCCGUGUCUGCCAAUCCAGCUUUUCUAAGGGAAGUGGUGAGAUCUGUUUUGUUAGUUAUUAGUAUAGUUCUUGAGUUUGAUUAUGUAUACCUGUUCGGUGUCCCUUUUUGUCCCCUUUUGUCCCUUUUUCCCCUUUCCCUAUCCCUUCGGAAGGUGUUUAGAUUCCCUUUUACUGUGUACAUAGCAUCUUAACUGUAUAUAAAUGUAAUAUACAUAAAUAUAUAUAUUUUUAUAUACGUAGCUU